GAAUACGCUAAUAAAACCACGUCUCAAGGGAUUAAUGGGCUAUAAUGGAUAGGAGCUGGUCGCGAAUUGGAGCGCGGUAAGCCUCUAGCCGCUGGUUUUAUCAACAACUUUCAUUAGCAACAAUCCACAACUAAGCUAACAGCGGCAUCUAAUAUUGGAAAGAAAAGUUUCAGAGGUGCUGUGGAAUGGCUGAUAUCACACCGACAAGGGAGCAUUUCCUCAAAAGGGAGCUUCUCAGACUACAAUUGGCUAAGGAGUUUGAACAAUUCAAUGACGCUUAUGCACUACGAAGAUUUGGUUAUCCAUUUACUAAAAGUGAUCCAAGAGAAUACAAGGUUGAAAAAAAGUUAAAGAAUGGUGAUGUAAAGCAGCCAGAUCCAGAUGAUACGCUGGAUGCUUUCCCCUUAUCCAAAUACUUCUUCAACAAUUUUGUCCUUACUAUACCUUUCCUAUCAUCAAAACAUCAAACCACUGAAGAGUUUUGGAUCAAGAAAGUUCAAGUGUUUUAUGAACAUUUCAUGAAUUUGAGCAUGAGCGAAUCAUUUGAUAGAGAUGAGUUGACUAAGAGAAAGAAGUUGGGUUUGAAAUUAACUAGAGUCAUUUUGAUGUUUUACAAUUCAGGUAUUGGAACUACAAAUGAAGCAAUAUAUUACGAAAAAGAUAAAGAAGAGGUUGGUGAAACGAUCAAAGGCAGCAAGCUGGAUAAGUUGAUGUUUCCAUCUAAAGAGACGUUACAAGAUCAUAUAGCUCAAGGAACUUUCAUCAAUGGGAUAAAUGUUAACGUUGCUGGUGUUCGUCUUGUGAAGAAGGCCAACAACAAAUUUUGGAGUAAUUUGAAUUUCACCAAGUCUCAUGAAACAUAUUAUGAGUUUCUCAUAAAAUCUAGAGUUGAACUUGAUGAAAGUUAUGAUAUUUGUGUUGCUAGAAGGUACCAUGAUUUUAAAGAGUUGAGCCAUGCAUUGAAAAAAAGAUAUCCUGGGAAACAAUUACCAAAACUACCAAGCAAAAUCAAAUCAGAAAUCAACGUUGAAACUCCAGUCCUCAAUCAGAACCCAGUAUUUGCUGAGGCUCCAAAGUCUCCAAAAUCUCCAAAGUCGACAAAGUUGUUCAAAUCACCAACUAAAAAUUUAUUUAGAAGCCCUUCUACAUCUGAAAAGAAGACCCAGUCCAGUAAUCCUGAUGCUUCUACUGAUAAUAACAAACUCCCAAGAGAGAAAAUGAGAGUUUCCUUAAGAGCUUACCUUCGUGAAUUGUUGAAAGAUGACGAAGUUAGUCAUUGUGAUUUGUUGAAGGAAUUCUUAUUCAAAGGACAAAUAUUCAAAUUGUCGAACGAAGAAGAAAUUGAUAUAAAGAUUAGGGAGAAUUUAGACUUGUUGUUGGUUUUAAAUCAGGUCAAGUUUCAAACCGAGGCUUAUGCUAAGAUAUCGGCACUAAGAGAACAAACAAUGCCAUUACGUGUGAAAUUAUUGGAAAGUGAUAACGGUAUAAUUGAAGUUUUUGAUGAAUUAAAGACCAAAGAACAUAUCACUGAACUAUCACCAAUGCUUAGAAAUUUUAUUGAUUGGUGUAAAAUUAACAUUGCAGCAACAAUUUAUCAACUAUUCUUGGGUAAUGAUAAUUCAUUUGAAUUUUAUUCUCAAGUUAGAAGAUUCCACAAGAUGUUGCCAUACUCUGUUAUGAUUAACAUUCUAAAGUUUACAAAUCCAAUGAGUAUUAUGAAAACAAUGCUUGAUUUGAUGAUGGCUAGUCCAUUUGGUGGGAAAUCUUUGUUACAAACAUUGUUUUACGGUAUUUUGACCGAUGAUAUCAAGGCUCAAUUGAAAACAAUUAACGAACUUGAAGUUAAAAUCCAUCAUGAAGAUAUUUUGCGAAGAUUGAAAUAUUUUGUUUAUGAUUGUGAAGAUGUUGAUUUAUUAGAGUCAAUUAAACAAGAAUCCAAAGAAUUGAAUGCUGAUUUGUUAUUAACAAUUAUAAUCACUCCAAAGCUUUCAGAAUAUUCAGAUGUUGAUGAUGAAAUUGUUGGGACUGUCUUUGAAAGUUAUAAAGAAUAUAAAAAAAUGAAGGCAGCUGAUGAUGCCGAUGAAAAGUUAUUAAUUAACCAUGAAAAAGCUGAGUUAUAUUCAAAUUUAAAGGCUGUUUUCAAAUUAUAUGUUAAAAACCAUGAUAAAGAUAUCUUGAAACAAAUUUGGGCCGAACCUGAAUUGACCUCAAUCCUUAAAGAUUUAUUAACAAUGUUUUAUCAACCAUUAGUGAAUUUAUUCAAGAAUGCUCAUGUUGAUGUUGCUUUUAAAAAUUUUGAAAAUUUCAUGGAUGAAUUAAUAAUCACUAUUGAUAGGUUAACCAAUGAAAUUUAUGUUAGUGAUACAAGUAAAAUCGUUGAUGAGAUAAUGAGAGUGUUGGAUACCCAUGAAGAUGAAUUUUAUCAAUUUUUACAUGAUGUUUACAUCACUGACUCUGGACAAAUUUUCCAACAAUUAAUCGAAUGGAUUAAUUCAAUAUUAAAUUUCCUAAGAAACUCCAAAAACAUUAAUGUCUCAUCAUCAAAUAUUCAUAAAAAAUUGGACAUUUCAGAAAUUGUAUCAAAUUCAUCAAACUCUCCAGAGAUUAUUAAAGAGAUAGAUUCAAUUAUAGAACAAGUUAAAUUACAACGUCAACAACAUAUGGAGAAAUUAUCUAAACAACAAAAACAAAAACAAGAUUUGAUUACUGAUAAUUGGGAUGCUAUAAACAAUAUAGAAAUUUUCAAUACUGGUGAUUUUGGAUUGAAUGAGCAUGAUGUUUUAGAAUUAAAUGAUGAAAGUGAAAGUGAAGAUGAAGAUAAUGAUCAUAAAAUUAAGAUAAAACCAAGAGAAGAAAUGAAGACUGAUGAGAUCGAGAAGUUGGUUCCUAUAUUCAAGGACUCUGUUGUGGAUAUUUUGAAGAACUAA